UUGAGACAGGGACCUAUUGACGAGAGGCAGUAUAGGAGUGCGUUGUCGCAAAACAUCGCGGUGGAGUCAACGUCUACGUCUUACCUCUCUCCCUCCACUGCCAGUGCUGAUUCUCUGAACAAAGAAUUCAAACUGCACAUAGGCAGAUUCUUUUACGAGAACGGGCUGGAUUUUGGUGCAGGCAGUUCAACAAGCUUUAAGAGCAUGAUCUCCCUUUUCUCUCGAAGGGGGAUUCAGUGUCAAGCUCCGAGUUAAAUGGGUGGAUAUUCAGGGAUGUGAUGAAACGUGUGGAUGAGAUCAAAAGAUCGUGGGCAGUCACUGGUUGUAGCAUCUUGCUCGAUGGAUGGACGUAUGCCAAUGACCAAACCUUUGUAAAUGUUUUGGUGGACUCCCCCAAAGGUACUGUGUAUCUUUCCUCAUCUGACAUAACUGAUUGUGUUGGAAACAUGGAGGCUAUGCAGACGUUCUUAGCGAGGGUUCUGGCGGAGGUUGGACUUCAUAACGUUGUUCAAAUAGUCACAUACUCGAGCUCGGCCUUCAUGAUGGAGGCCGGUAGGCAGCUCAUGGAGAGAUAUCGGCCAAUCUUUUGGACAGUGAGUGCUUCGUGCUGCAUUGAGCUUAUUUUGGAGAAUCUGGCAACGAUGGAUGUCAUCCACUAGACGCUGGAGAAGGCGAAGAUCAUCUCAAGCUUUGUCCACAACCACCCGAUUGCUCUAAAGUAUGUGCAAGACCAGACAAAUGGGAGCGGCCUGGUUGAUUCUUCGAGGCCAUUCCUGAUGGUCGAGAAUAUCGUGAUAAAGAAGGGAGGUUAGAAGAAAAUGUUCUCCUCCUCUCAUUCUCAAAGCUCGAACUUGAUGUCAACCGUGGUGGGAAGAAAAGCGAGUGAGCUGCUGGCGGAUCGUUCGUUCUGGAGAGGGGCCACGACUAUUCUGAAUGGUGCGCCUGAUAGAAUGGAUGGACAACAGUGGAAGGGUCCACCAUUGAUCAGGCGAAGGAGACCAUCAAGGAGGGGCUCAAGAAGAAAACUGAAUACAUGCCAUUUUGGGAUGCAAUCGACGAUGUUUGGAAUAAGUGCCUCUACAGCCCUAUCCACUCCGCGGGCUACUACCUUUUCUACACGAGCGACGCGUAUGUCGAUUCUCAAGUUGUCACCGGCAUGUCCUGCUUCCUUGUUCGCUCGGCUGCUGUACAAAACCGGCGGAGGUGGCAUGGCUGCCGGAGUUCCUGAAGAACAAAGAUCGAAUCUUUCUCCCGCUAUUUGGUGGUCGAGAUAUGGUGGGGAAUGCCCGGAGUUGCAGAGGCGGGUGAUUCGAUUGCUGAGCCAGGUAUCAGCUCAGGAGAAGCUUGGCAGAGACACUUUUGACGAUGGGAGGGAAUGCAGAUGA